CAGAUGGCGCCCGGCGGCCAUCUUUAAUGGCGGCCUGCGUAGGGAAUUCUGGUAUUGUUUGAUUUAUCAUCUUCACACUACGUUCUGAUAGUGUUCAAUCUCUUCAUUUUCCACGGUCAAGAUAGAUUUGGCAUUAAAGCAUUUCAAUAGUGCAUUCUCUCUGAGAUCAUGGAAGACAAAAGCUGUUUAUUGAAGAAAAUUGAGAUCAGUGUGUCAGAAGCAGAAAAACGAACAGGCAAAAAUGCAGUAAACAUGCAGGAGAUUUAUACAGUCUACCUUAUUGAAACAAGGACACAUGAUUCACAAAAUGAAGAGGAGAACUCUGUGCCAGAUUCACUCUGGAGACGAUACAGUGAAUUUGAAUUGUUGAGAAAUUAUUUAGUUGUUACAUAUCCUUGUAUAGUGGUACCACCUCUACCUGAAAAAAGAGCAGAAUUUGUUUGGCAUAAGUUAUCCGCUGAUAAUAUGGAUCCUGAUUUUGUUGAACGACGAAGGAUUGGUCUUGAAAACUUUCUGUUGCGUGUUGCUUCACAUCCUACUCUCUCUUGUGACCCAAUUUUCUAUUUAUUUUUAACACAGGAAAAUGGCUGGAAAGAAGCAGCAAAUGAAUCAGGGUUCCAAGCAAAGGCAGAUUCCAGAUUAAAAGCACUCAAUGCAACAUUCAGAGUCAAGAAUCCAGACAAGAGAUUUACGGAGCUGAAACAUUAUGGAGAUGAACUGCAGUCCAUCAUAUCUCACCUCCUGCGAGUUAGAGCAAGGGUGGCAGACCGUCUGUAUGGUGUAUACAAAGUGCAUGGAAAUUAUGGAAGAGUCUUCAGUGAGUGGAGUGCUAUAGAGAAGGAAAUGGGAGAUGGACUGCAGAGUGCUGGUCACCACAUGGAUGUAUAUGCAGCAUCUAUUGAUGACAUUCUAGAAGAGGAGGAGCACUACGCUGACCAGUUAAAGGAAUAUCUCUUCUUUGCAGAAGCUCUUCGGUCUGUAUGUAGAAAGCAUGAACUGCACCAGUAUGAUUUGGAGAUGGCUGCUUUGGAUCUAACAUCAAAGAAACAACAAAAAGAGGAGCUCGCUACAGGGACCGUGCGCACGUUCUCCCUGAAAGGUAUGACAAGCAAACUUUUUGGUCAGGAAACACCGGAACAAAGAGAAGUUAAACUAAAUAUGUUGGAGGAGCAAAUUACUGAUGGAGAGGAGCUUGUGAAGGCCAAGAAUCUUGAAUGCGAAGAUUUCAUGAAGGAUGCCUGGGCAGACAUUGAGCGCUUUAAGGAACAGAAGAACAAUGACCUGAAAGAGGCCCUUAUCAGUUAUGCAGUAAUGCAGAUAAGCAUGUGCAAAAAGGGAAUUCAAGUCUGGACCAAUGCUAAGGAAUGCUUUAGCAAGAUGUAAACGUUUACAUUCAAUAAACUUCAACCUUGCAUAAUACAAGCACAAGGAAAGGUAGAACUCAGAAAUGAUUUGAGCACAUGGAAUCCUUUUUACAGCGAUUGUAUAUUUAUCUUUCAAUCCAUUUGCUUGAGAAGUGGGCACAAAGAAACUUUUGUGAGAAAAUGUCUUGCUAAUAAAAUUUUAAAAAUCAUGUUGCCAAGGACGUGGGGUUAAGGGAAAAGCAGGCAGAAUUUCUAUUUCAGAAACUAAUCCAUGUGCUGUGCUGGGUUUUUCCUGUAAAUUUGAAAGCCUUCAGAUCAUUUCCAGAUGUGAUUACAUUUUGCUAGUUUUUUUGGUGCAGUUUUGCAUUGGCUUUCAACAAGGCUGAUUUCCAUAACUCUUAAUAAAAUGGACAGCUGCUCAUAUUUGCUGUAGAAUAUGUAGAUUUGUACAAUAAGUCUUAAUUUCAUGUGUUCAAAAUACACUGUUUAAUUCUUCUCAAUAGAAGGUUCCAGCUUUAUUUGAUUUCCUUCUUUCGGCUGAAUUUGCAGCAUUCUACAAAUGAGUAGAUAAACAUUCAAUGUCUGGUAUUUGGCUGGGAUAUACAAGAAAUGAUGUGUAACCAGCCAAUCCUAAUUAAUGAUUGGUAUGAAGAACUGUUAACUUCUGGUGUGACCAGUGUAGAUUAUUUAAUCUUGUUCAUUGGCAUAAAAUUUGAAUAAUUUCAGUGUUGUGAUUUUGUUUCAGUCUGGACAAUGCAUACAGUUAUCAAUCAUGAUUUGUAAGUGACAAUGAAAAGUCUACUUUCUUAACCUGAUUUGAGAAACUCAUUAACUUCAGUAUCUGAUUUAUCUAUAGAUUUUAAUAUUCUAGCUUUCCAAAACUUGUAAAUUUCAAAGUGUAGAUUAUGACAGAUGACUGCCUUCCCUUCAAACCGUUAUGAGUACCAUGCAUGUCUAAGUAAAUGUGAUUUAAAAUAUCAACACUCAGUUAAUGACACUACCAUUUGUAAUUGUUUCUUGAAGCCAUUUCAUCAGUCUUUCGGGUAAGUUUUUUUUUCUCUAAUUUCAGCAAAAAUGUUGAAGGGAAAUUGCUUUUUCUACUGACUUUUCUAUUCUAAAAUUGUCAAUGGGGGAAAAGUUCAUUCCUGCUAUAAUUAUGCUUUUAUACAGUAAGAAAAGCAAAAAAAAUUCCCUUCAGUUUUCUGUAUUUCUUCUAACUUGAAGAAUAGUGUUAAGCUGUGCUAGAACAACCAUGCAGGUGAUUUUAAGAAAUCUGCUAACAAACACUUAGUUGAGAAUGGAUGGCGAAAGGGAUAAUUUGAACAUAUAUGAACAUUACCUGUUUAAUGACCAAAAAAAAAAUGAUUUUUAAAAAGAUGAAGUGACUUAAGUGAUUCCAUUAAUACAUUCUGUUGCCUUUUGCCUUGAAAUGCCAAAACAAUAACACUAAAUGAUGGUGCCUUAAAUAUUCUGCCAUUUUUGUGCUUAUUUGUAUAUGUAUAGUAAUUACUGCAUGUUUGAUUUACUUUGAUUCCAUCUUGGAUUGCUCAAAAGGUUGCCUGAAAAUUCAUGUGUAGAUAAAACCAGACAAUACAUUGAAGUUUGUAGAAGAAUCAAAGGAAUACACACCCCACUGUGCCAAAAGUGCUGAAUGAAUAAACAUGCUUUUAAAAUGCAA